CGAGGGGUGGUCUGUCGCAGCGUGUGUGUGUGUGGUCUGUCGCAGCGUCGAGUGGUUGUCCAGUGGAGUACGUACCGGUUGAGCAGCGUAGAAAAAACCUCUGUGAGGGCGGAGUACAAACAGGAAGGUUUUCCCACUUCGAUGAUUCGGAGUGUCAAUCCCACCCUUGGAAAACACGGCGUGUUCACCGAUUGCUUCUCCGUCUCCAUGUAGAUGAGGCCCCAGGUGCUCGGUGGCGGGUCAUGACCCACAUACCAGGUGAGGUCAACAUGGCUUUGAUCCACUUGCAUUGCAUGUAGGUGACCCUGUCGUACGUGUUGGGGGGGUGGCUUGCACCGGCCCUGCCCGACCAAGUACUUUUUUGCAGAGAUGAACUUGGACCCCCCAAAGCACCUGGGUUGUAGAGGAAAAUGGUCCAAACCACGGAUCAAUUCUGAGGGUUCAUGUCGUCAUCUGCACCGGGGGUAUGGGGGGCAAGCCUGCCCAAGCAAGUAUUCUGGUGGACCACUGUGUUCUGGACCAAAUCACUGGCAGGCAUGAAAGUUGCUUACAGGAUUUCUGGCAUUUCUAGUCAACCCAAAGUCUGAGGAAGUGAAUCCCCCCAAAUUCCAGGCUACUGGCCAGCACCAGGAACAUGCUUUUGGACACGACGAUGUCUUUUCCUUCCAUUCGCACCCAUUUUUCCCUAGGGUGCUGGGGAUCUCAUGGCUUAAUUCAAACCCUCCAGCCUGAACCCCCCCUGGUGUUUUUCCAAAACGAACAGAAUAGACAUCCAGUCGGGAGUCAGACGCAAGUCUCGUUCCUGAGGUCGGACCCCCUCGAGGCGCAGAUGAAGACGACAGCGCCCCGACGGUCGCGCCCGUCGUGCAGCGAGGUCUCAGACUCCGGUCAUGCAUGGCGUUCGGACGAAUCAGGAAAGGUAGCUCCCUGAGUUCUCCUUUUGCUUGAAAAACAGAUGUACUUUGUAAUUGACCAUGAUUAUUUGUACUACAAUCAUGGAGAAGGUUGAGAUAGAAUGGAAUGAUGGAGGGGAUAGGGCCGGAUAGGGGGUGGAAUCAUCAAGCAUGGAAUGGAAACCAGUGGUUGUGUGCAAGCUGCGCAUGCUGGCGCCAUGUGGGUCUCCCAGUCUCACCAAGAUCAGUGAAGACAUAAAUCCUGUCAGUGGAUAAGCUGUGGCCUCUUUUUGAAGAAUGAUUGGUUUCCACAAGAUGAGCAGCUGUGGAUGUGUUGCAAACAACGGAGGAACGAAAGGUAUUCUCCAAGAGGUCUUGUUGGGAAGGUUUUGGGAGGCUUCAAGGUCGUCCUCAUUCGCAAGUCGGAGCAAGUCCUUGUUGGGUCAAAGUGGUCGUCCUCAAUGGACUUCCAUCUUGAAGAUCUGGAUCUCGAAUCGUAUGUGAUCUUGAAUCACAUGGAUUGUGGAUCUUGAAGAUCUGAUCGGAAGGUCUCAGACGUUCGGAAGGUCUCAGCUCCCGUCAACCGCCCGUACCAGGCCCCUCGGGCCCCGCUGGCCCAUCGGUGGGCCCUGCCCGUGGUCCGGUCGGACCUGGGCCGAGAGGUCAGGGCACAGGGAGAGCCCAUGGGUCCCAUGGGUUGAUGUGGGUCCAUUUUGAUUGGAAGAAAGGGAAAGAAUCAGAAACAACAUGAAAGGACAUGUUGAACCGGUCUUGGGCCAUGAAACUCCUCCACGAACCUACAUAUGAUCACAUAUACCAUCAUAUACCUAUAAAGUACUCAUUGCAUUGGACCUCCGUUUUGCUAGGAAAAGGUCAUAUUUUGGAUCGUCAGUUGAUGCUCCAAAACAGGGGUCACUCAGGUUCUAGGUAUAGGGUCGGGGUUGGGGGAAGUUAAGGGGUUGCUUGGGAGCGGUGAUGUGUUCGCUCUUUGGUCUCCUUCCAGCUGCACCAGGUCGGUUCUGCUCACCAGCUGGCCGCCGAGUAUGUAAGAUUCGUUGGGGAUAUCUGGGACGAUCGCGCUCAGCCCGGCCCGGGCAUGUUCGAUUUCCGACUCAGGAGUUAGAUUUCGAAGGCUAAGUCUCGGGUGGUUCAGCCUCGUCUUCACGUACCUUCUGGGAAGGUCUUUGGAGCAGGGUCUGGGUUCUUGGUUCUUUUGCGAAACUCUUCUAUGUCCAGAUGUGCGACAGGGGUGUUCUUUCUGGUUUCGCUGCGAGCAACCUCGUGAGGGAUGAAUAGGACUUGACGUCCAAGACCCUAUACUUUGGGCAGCCCAGUAGUAUGCUUAUGCACUGGGAGCAUGGAUAUGAACCUAUUGGUUGCCACCCCAAACCCCACCCCUGGACACCACUUAAGGCAAAGUGCACAAGCCUACCAAGCUAAACUCAACCGAUACUAAUACUUUUCCAAACUUUUUCCCUUUAGAGAAAUAUAAAGAUGUAACCAUGGUUCCUGACCGCAACCGAUAUGGUACUGUAAUUGCUUCACGUCACGUUCGCUCUGCAGAAGCACAUUGCUGGGCUGGGCAAGCCACGCCAAUCACUCCGAUUGGAUGCACAGCAUUUCCAGCGGUCCAACCGGGAGGUCCCAGCGUCGGUCCUGCCGUCGGGCCUAGUGUGGGCCCUGCCGUGGGCCCUGCCGUGGGCCCUGCCGUGGGUCCAGCUGGCCCGCCCGAGAAGCGAAAGGCGGAGAAGGUGGGUCCCGCCAAGCCCGGUGCGGCCGGCCCUUCAAAGCCCAAGAGACCGAAGGCCUAGGCGCCAAGGCCCGGGGAGCUUCGCUUUUGCCGACGCGAAAAGCGGAGAGGGGAGAAAAAAGAGGGGAGUGGCCGCUUGGUUGAGCAUGCAGUGAUGGACGG